AUGCAUCUCUUCGCUACCUGGCUCAGUAGCCUGGUACUGUUUCCACUGGCUCGAGCCUCCUGGCCUACAACAUAUGGGACCGAAGUAUCCUUGAGUCCGUUCAGCAACAAUGAGCCCAGCGUGAAAGUUGAGACGCUCUUCCAGUUCCCGGAGAAUGGCUCCUGGAUCGACAAUCUCGUCCUUCGAUCCGAUGGGAGCCUCUUAUUGACGCGUCUGGAUGUUCCAGAAGUUUGGUCUGUCAACACCACUAAAGGAAACGCGACUCUUGCCUACUCAUUCCCCAAUGUCACCAGCUGCUUUGGGAUCAGUGAGAUCGCAGACGACAUAUUUGCGGUGGUAGUAGGCAAUUUCUCAACGACGACUUACAAGCCCGACGCUGGUUCUUUUUCCCUUCAAAAAAUAGAUUUCAGCCAGACGAACAGCGAAAUGGACGAACGGGCCUCACAAUUCCCAAAUGCUUCCCAAAUUGCGGUACUGCCGGAUGCUCAGGCUUUGAAUGGAAUGACCACCUUUUCGCAAAACCCAGAUUUGGUUCUCAUUGCGGACAGUCCCAAAGGUGCAGUAUGGAAAGUCAACACCAAGACAGGCGAUUAUUCUGUCGCAUUGAACGAUACAACCAUGCUUCCAGCAAAGGGCCAGGCACUUCCUCUGGGAAUCAAUGGUUUGAAAAUGGUUGAAGAUUACCUGUACUAUUCUAGUACAACGCGGAUGGAGUUUUGUCGCGUCAAGGUAGACGAGGAGGUCAAGCCGAUCGGGGAAUACGAGGUCAUCGCCAGCGGAUUUUUGCCUGAUAACUUGGACGUGAACGAAGACGGCAUGGCUUAUAUCGCCACGGAUCCUCAGAACUCUGUCGUCCGCAUCACUCCCUCAGGACAAAUCUCACUCGUCGCUGGUGGGCAGCUGUCUACAGAGAUGCCAGGUCCCACAUCAACUCGGCUAAGUGAUGAUCGCAAGACUCUCUAUGUUGGAACUAGUGGGGGUCAGGUGGCACCCGUCCUGGGUACUUUCAAGGAGCCAGCCAAGGUCGUCAAGAUCACUCUUGAAUAA